AUGCCCCCUAAAAGGUCUAUUCGGUUUGAUGAUUUGGGGCUUUCAACACCAAUACCUCGCGUGUUAGCAACAACUCGCGAACAAAAAAAGAAGGAAAAAUAUGAAAUUAAAAAGGAGAAGACUGCACGGCUAAAAGAGGCAGAGGAACAGCUCUCUCUGAUCAAGGGUACUGUAGAAAAACACAAGGCCUUUGUGAAAAAGGAAAUUGCUCUUCAAAAAGAAGCCAAAAACGAGAGAAGGAAGGCACUCUCUGUCUUGCAGGAACGCGUUAGACAGAAUAGAGAAACUGAAGAGGCUAUGCAGAAGGAGAAGUCGUUUAUUGCACAAAAGAAUUAUAUCUCCAAGCUGACACUAGAUCGUGCGGUAAGUGAAAAAAUACAUGUGAAGCUUCAAGAAACUAUCGAUCGAGAAACCAAUGAGCUCGCAAAAUCGGUUCCCAAAAAUGUGCAUGUUUCGGUUAGUCGUAACCCUGAGAUAGAAAAGAUUCGGAAAGAGCUUCCCGUUUUGCGGGAAGAACAAGUAAUUAUUGAGGCAAUCAACAAUAGCUCUCGGACCUGCGUGCUUAUAUGUGGUGAGACGGGAAGUGGGAAAACGACCCAAAUUCCUCAGUUUUUGUGGGAGUGUGGAUAUGGUGAUGCAAAGGGUUCGGCCUUUGCAAGGGAAGGAGCUAUACUUGUUACAGAACCCAGGCGUGUGGCAGCAGUUUCAAUGGCGAAACGUGUAGCUGAAGAAUUAAAUACUUCCUUUGGAGGAAUGGUAUGCUAUCAUGUUCGAUAUGAUAACAAUCUUUCCGAUAAUUUUAAGGUGAAGUUUGCUACUGAGGGUAUUGUAUUAAAAGAGAUUCAAUCGGAUUUUUUGUUAACAAAAUACAGUGUUGUGGUGGUGGAUGAGGCGCAUGAACGAAGUGUUGCAGGG